AACCUCCUUUUCCCUUCUUCCUCCCCCCUCCUACAAAUCCUCCGUCUCUCUUCCUUUCUUUCUCUGAGCCAAUGGAACCGUACUCGGAGAAGUGGGGAAUGGCCGCCUUCGCCAGCCCGAGAAUCUCCUUCUCCCACGACCUCUCCACCACCGAAACCCGCCGUCUGGACUGCUCCCUCCCCCUGGACUCCACCCCCGAUGACUUCGACUUCAGCCUCAGCGUCGACAUCCCCGCCGACGACGGCUCCCACGCCGACGAGCUCUUCUCGGACGGCAAACUCCUCCCCCUCCCAAUCAAGAACCCCUCCACCCCAUCCAAUCCGCCCCCGCUCCCCCCACCGCCCACAAUUCCGCAUCCGAAGAAGCACGGCAGCCUCCGCGAGAUGAUGACCAGAGCCGAAGACGACAACAAGGUCAAGAGAUCUCCUUCCUCUUCUUCGCAGAAAUCCUUUUGGCGUUUCCGCAGGAGCAACAGUCUCAAUUGCAGCGGCGGCAGCAGCAGCCGACCGGGACUCCUCUGUCCCUUCGCAUUACUCCGCAGCAAAUCCACCGGCUCGUCGCCAACUCCGAAUCCACCGAGGCCCGACAAACCGUACUACAAGAAAACCAACAACGCCGGUGGCGGCAGCAGCAUCAACUCGUCUCCAUUAUUAUUCCAUAAGUUCUCGACGGAGUCCAACGCGAGAAUUUAUUACUACUCGGGUACGCCACGGUCGUGCAGCAACGGGGUGAGAAUUAGUCCAAUUCUGAACGUGCCAACGGCUAGCAGUGCGUUCUGUUAUCUGUUAUGCAGCUGUGGGGAUAAGAGCAUGAGGAGGGGAUCGACAGUGACUUGUUCUCCGUGAAGAAAGUGGAUUUGUUUGAAACUAAUUAUUAUGAGGCAGGGUGGCAAGGGGGGCUGCUUGUUUGCGAUGAUAGAAUAUACAUUUUUCUUUUUUUUCUUUAGCUUUUGAUCUGCUCUUCUCUGUUGUUUGAAGUGUAGUGUUAGUUGUGGGCUUGUAGGGAGGGAGUGUGAUGGAAGGAAUUGUGGGUAGGGUGGAUCAUGAAGGGUGUUGAGGGACUGGGGGACAGGGAGAACAGGGUCCCCCUGCUUUCAUGCUUGGUUUGUUGCUUGGGAUAUGUCUGUGGACACUAGUGGGAUUUCCCAUCUGUGCUCAUUGAUACCUACUGUUGCUUUCUUUCUUUUUAUAUUGUCCCCUUCUUCUGUGGUUUUUGGGGCUAUGGGACUGCUUUGUUUGUUGUGGUUGGGACUUGGAGGUCCAUGUUAUAAAUUUAUGGUGGUUUGUUUUUAUGGUUUUGGCCUCGGUGAAGGCUAUUGACUUUGAGCUG